CUCGUACUAUCAAACAUAAACUUUAAUUGGACCCAAACACGCCCCUUUUGGCUCCACCGCUUUUUUCUCUUCAGUCGGUUUCUGGGAUUCAGUUGUACUAUAGCUAUGGUAGUUUUCCUUCAACAUCAUAUUCCGCCGCACAAGUUAUUAUCCCCUACAUCCUGACACGCUUACAAUUCUCUCAUGCUGGUUGCAGAAAUUAAGAACUACAUCAUAUAAUAGACAAGAAGGUUCUAAUACAAUGGGGGAGUUCUCUGGGACUGGGAGCGAGUACGUGGCAGUAGGUGAAUCGGCUUCCCCGAGGGUGACAAAUCAUACUAGGAAAGUUUCAGUUUUACCUCUUGUGUUUCUCAUCUUUUAUGAGGUAUCAGGAGGACCUUUUGGUGUUGAGGAUACUGUGAGAGCAGCUGGUCCUUUGUUAGCUUUACUUGGAUUUUUGGUUUUUCCGUUCAUAUGGAGUGUUCCUGAAGCUUUGAUUACUGCUGAAAUGGGUACCAUGUUUCCUGAAAAUAGUGGUUAUGUUGUUUGGGUUUCGACUGCUUUGGGUCCUUUUUGGGGGUUUCAGCAGGGUUGGAUGAAGUGGCUUAGUGGCGUGAUUGAUAAUGCUUUGUAUCCUGUUCUGUUUCUUGAUUAUCUUAAGUCUGCGGUUCCGGUUAUAGGCAGUGGUUUGCCUAGAGUUUUUGCGACGUGGGGUUUGACUGUAGUUCUCACUUACUUGAACUACAGAGGUUUAACCAUUGUUGGGUUUGCUGCUGUUUGUUUAGGGGUUUUCUCGCUUCUCCCUUUUGUUGUCAUGGGGUUUAUGUCGAUUCCAGAAAUAAAACCUGCAAGAUGGUUUGAGACAAAUUUGGAUGAUGUGAAUUGGAAUUUGUAUUUGAAUACACUAUUUUGGAAUCUCAAUUAUUGGGACUCUAUAAGCACUCUUGCUGGUGAAGUUGAAAAUCCAAAGAAAACACUUCCGAAAGGUUUAUUUUUCGCGUUGAUUCUGGUUGUGGUGGCGUACUUCUUUCCUCUUUUGAUUGGUACUGGCGCUCUUCCUGUUCAGCGCGAGUUAUGGAUGGACGGUUACUUCUCUGAAAUUGCUAUGGUCAUUGGAGGAGUGUGGUUGAGAUGGUGGCUUCAAGCUGCAGCUGCAAUGUCAAACAUGGGAAUGUUUGUUGCUGAAAUGAGCAGUGACUCCUUCCAGCUUCUAGGAAUGGCUGAGAGAGGAAUGUUGCCGGAGUUUUUCACCAAGAGGUCUCGCCACGGAACGCCUCUUGCAGGAAUACUUUUUUCAGCCUCUGGUGUAAUUUUACUAUCAUGGCUGAGUUUUCAAGAAAUUGUAGCUGCAGAAAACUUCCUGUACUGUAUUGGUAUGAUUCUAGAGUUUACUGCAUUCAUAUUGUUGAAGAUCAAGCACCCGAAUGCACCUCGACCUUACAAAGUACCAGGCGGAACGACCGGAGCAAUUAUUAUGUGCAUCCCUCCUACAGUAUUGAUCUGCGUGGUAUUAGCUUUCUCAACCCUCAAAGUAUUGGUUGUAAGCCUCGUUGCUAUGUCGAUUGGCCUUGUGAUGCAUCCCUGUCUCAAGUUUAUGGAGAAAAAGAGAUGGAUGAAGUUCUCACAUAGUUCUGAGCUACCUGAUAUUGUCAAUGGAGAGCGUAAUCACUCUCUGUUGGGAUAGUUUUCUCCUGUCUCGAUGUACUCGCCAUGGUCUUUUAAGCAUAGUAAUUAAGUUUCACCUUCUCCAACAAGACCACGAUCAAAGGGAAAGUUUAUAUUUCAUGCUUUUGGUGCUUUUAAAGUUAUUUAUCUAUGUCUGUAAUUUUGUAAUACAUGAGAUCUCAAUUAGAAACCAGGAACCUAGUAUUUAGAAUAUCUUUAAAUUUGUUCGGUUCCUUGCAUUAUGUAUAAAAUUCAUUUAUGUAUUUUGAAUAUCAAUAAACUGAUGUUGAACAAUUUAUUUCA